UAAUGUUAUCUUAUGCUCUCAACUAAACUCUCUCAUUCAAUACUACACGACCCUCAAUCACUAAUCUAUUGUUUUUACAUAACAUCAAAAAAUAAACACUAGUAUUAGUCUUCUCUAAGCCUCCAAUUCAUCAAAUUAAAGAUUACCAAUGACAAAAACUUGAGAUGUCACCUCUCCUCCAUUCUCCUUAUCCAUAUCCUAGCUCUAGCCAAACUCAAGACUCUUGCUUAGUCUCUUUGUCCUAUAUUAAGCAAUCAAAUCUAAUUAAUUUCUUAUUCGAUAAUAUCGAUUGGGAUACCGGAGUACCGAUUGGGAUACCGAAAUAUUUAGGGAUUGGGAUACCGAAAUUAUUUAGGGAUUGGGAUUGGGAUUGAAUUUAGGAUGUAAUUCGGUAUUCGGUGUUUCAGUAUUUGGUAUUGGGAUACCGAUACCGUACCGAUUUCCACCCCUAAUAUUGACGAACGCAAAACCUCUUCCCCCUACUCAGCUUCUCAGCUACCGUUGCCCGCCAAACGGUCAAAGGCAAGAGAAAUGUGGGUAAACGACAUCGUAUUAGCCUCUCCGAACGGUCAAUUAGAGCGAGGAAAUCAGAUAAGUUCCCUUCUUCGCCAUUCUCUGCAGAAAGAAUAAGAAGAGUAGCAGCUGGGUUGGGGGAAAAAACUAAAAAAGGGGAAAAAAUUCAGAAAAAGGUUCAAAAGCGGCGCCUUUCAUCGUCCACCUCGCCAAUUCUGCGCGAACACUCUUCACACUGCUGCGGGUGUUUGUGGCGGCAGACCCAGCUCGUGUUGGCGAGUAGUUUUGUUGCAGGUGCUAACUCUCUUUCCGUCCUCCUAAAAUUGCUGGUUUCUUUUGAGGCCGAGGGUAUUCGAUCUUUAUGUCCCCUUUAAUUCAAUGGGUUUCAAAGGUAGGGAAUGGAGUGUUUUCCGGUGUUGGGUUAUUUGUUGUUACUUGUUUGCCGAUAGAUAAGAGCGAGAAGAUUGGCGUGAAGGACGAAAAGGAACCGAAUUCAUCCUUUCUAGGGUUCUUAUUUUCUGGUUUUGUUGGGACUUGGGAGGGUUCAGAUAUGGAGGCGUCUUCUUCUUCGUCGUCAGUGAUAUCUUCAGAAGACGUUUUGGAAUGUCUGAUGAAUGACGGCACCAUUGAUGCUCUCGGAUUGAAGAUCAUCAAUCAGCUCAAGGCCAAUGAAGAGCUGAAGAAUACAACCAUAAAAAUGGCCGAGCAGAGUAAGGUUUUAAAUACCCAUUCCGCAGAGAAACAGACCAAGAGGGAACUAUUCGAUGCACUUCGACAAGAACUUGAGGACAAAGAGAACAAGGAAGAGACAGAGAAAGAAGAGGAGUUAACGAUAGCAAGUAUGAAGGAGAAAUCUUUGUUGAAACAUCCGAAGAAAAGGCACACCGAAGUGAACAUGGAGAAAGGUGGCGCCGCUAAUGAAGUUGCAAGAAAAUCAGUUGAUGAUCGAUCGAGUAAAUCUCCCCAUUCAAAGACUUUGAACCUUUCUUAGAGUAGAAUGAGAUCAUUUAUAAGAACAGAGAAUUUAUUGAUUUGGUACCUUCGCUUUCAUUGAACGUUUUUUACAAUCAUAGUUUUUAAAGCCUUUCUGCAGAGAGUUUAGUUUACUUCUCAAGUGCAAACUUAUGAGUUGAAAGAUAAUUUGUUAACAUGUUGGAAUGAAAUUCAAUUUGAGCC